AUGGCUCGAGUUCUCGGCAAAAGGUCACGGUCCGUGCAGCAGUGGAGGCCGCAGACCGACUAUGAGCGAUGGCUCGAAGAACACAAUGAAAACUACCAGCCUGGGCAGGAUCCAGAGUAUCAUCCAUCUAAUCCGGGCUUGAAUGGCCAAGUUCCUCUCUACCACCAUGAAAUAGACGACAGUCCGCGUCAAAUGGCUGAUAGUGCACACCCGACACAUUCCGAUAUCACGCAUCUCCAAUCGUAUAAAGUUCAUGGCGAAUUCUUGCGCCGGCCGGGUGCUGGGCCGCCUUCCCCUCUAGGAGACGCUUUAGCCGACAGUUUUCGGGGGCAUUGCCUAUAUCAGUUGGCCCUAUUUUUUGCUGUGGUUAUCGCUCUCCGACAGAUUGCAAAGAGCCUGGAAAAGCGACGUCGUCGUGCAACUGCUCCUUCAACGCCUGAACCCACACAGUUUACUAAUCGGCACAGCGAUGAAAAACUUCCGGUAUAA